UUGCUGACCAUCCUUUCCGUCAACAGAGAAGAAACCAACGACAACAACAGAGAACUGUCCGAGGUGUUUGCCUUCUGUGAUGAGUGGAAACUUGCUCUCGAUCGUCUCCCAGACACGGUCGCAUCCGAAGCCAUCAAAAGCUUCAUCAACGUCGUUCAUUCAAUAUCUCUGAAACAGACAGAGGAAGUCAAGAUCAAGAAAAGAACGGAGUCUGCAGCAAAAGAGCUUGAGAAGAAAGCUUCAGCUCUGAGGAGUAUAGAAAAGAAGUACUACCAUUCGUACUCCAUGGUUGGCAUCGGGCUUCCUGAUACUGGACCUGAUAAUGGCCAUGCGUUAGAUGCUAGAGACCCACUUGCUGAGAAAAAAUUAGAGCUUGUGGCUUGCCAAAGGCGAGUGGAAGAUGAAAUGUUGAGGCACUCUAAGGCUGUGGAGGUGACCAGAGCGAUGACGCUGAAUAACAUUCAGACCGGCUUGCCCGGAGUUUUCCAAGCCAUGACCAGUUUUUCGGCCUUAAUUAUGGAGGCACUUGAGACAGUGUGCGCGCGAUCUUACGCGAUUAAAUAGAUCAGAACCUAGUAGUCUUAAUAGUAAUGUUAUUUUUUAUUUUUGUGUUUUGGGUAAGUUGGAGAUGGUGAGUGGACUGGGACUAUGAACCAGUGGGCUUUUGUUUUUUUUGUUAAUUUUUGCCCCCUUUUUGUUUGUUGAUGUGUAGAUAUAUGGAAUUUUUGAGGUUUUGUCAUAUCCUUUUUUGUUAGUUGGGGAAGGGAAAGGAAAGGAAGGGAAUGGGAAUGUAUGUUUCUGUACAGGAAAUUGCUUGGCAUUGUUGUAUGAGAAUGAGAGGUUUCACUUUUUCAGCAAUGAAUAAAUGUCCUUUUUGUGAA